AUGGGAGAUGCGAUCGUGAAUUUGGGGGUGCCGGCCAACCCUAGCGCAGUGCCCCAUGCCCACACAGCGUUCGAUGACGAUCUGGACCUCCUCGACGACCUCCUCCACAAGACCAUCAAGUCUAUGGAUGAAGACGGUGAAAAGUUGAACCAGCUGGUGAAGGACGUGGUGGGGAUGGCCAAGGAGUGGCGCAGCGACCCUGCCCACCACAGCCACACCUCCUUCGACGACUUCAUCAAGAGCAUGAAGUCCAAGGACGCGCUGAGGCUGGUGCGCAUCAUUUCGCACUACCUCAACCUGGCCAACGUGGCCGACCAGCACCACAUCGUGCGCCUGAUGCGGAAGCACCAGAUCGAGCAGACCCCGCUGCCCUACACCUUCCAGCAGGUCUUCGAUACCCUCAUCGAGGCCGGCGUCAGCACUGACGAUAUUUAUCAGGCGCUGAUGGAGCAGAAGAUCGAGCCGGUCCUCACCGCGCAUCCGACGCAGGUGAUGCGCCGCACCAUCCUCUCCAAGAACAACAAGAUCUCGGAGGCGCUCGCGCGCAGGGACUUUCAGCAGCUCACCACCGAGGAGAAGGAGGAGGUGUUCGCCGCCUUGCGUCGCGAGAUCGGCGGAGCGUGGCUGUCCGACGAGAUUCGCCGCAAGAGGCCGACGCCGGACGAGGAGGCCAUGGGCGGCCUCGCCGUCAUCGAGCAGAGCCUCUCUUUAGCUGACAGCGACCGCUCGACAGGGCACGCCGUGCCCAAGCUGCUGCGCAGGCUGGACUGGACGGUGCAGAAGUACACCGGCAAGUCCCUCCCGCCCGAGUUCAGUAACCUCACCUUCGGCUCCUGGAUGGGCGGCGAUCGCGACGGCAACCCCAACGUGACGCCCGAGGUGACGAAGCGCUGCUGCUACUUCUCCCGCUGGAUUGCUGCCGAUCUCUACUAUCGUGAGGUGGACGCGCUGCUGUUCGAGCUGUCGAUGAUCCGCUGCACCAAGGAGCUCACGGAGGAGGCCGCGCUCGCGGCCGAGCGUCGCCGCCGCCACGGCGAGAAGUACCUCACCACCCUCUACAAGGAGUUCCGCGAGGGCAUCCCCGAGAAGGAGGCCUACCGUAUCGUGCUCGCCGAAGUCCGCGACACCUUCCUCGUCACCAAGAGGCGAUUGGAGGACAUGAUCAUGGGGAAGCCGAUCAGCUCGGAGAGUACCUACUACACGCAGACCUCGGAGGUGCUCGCGCCGCUGUGCCUGUGCUAUCGCUCGCUCAAGGAGACGGGCGCGGGCGAGAUCGCCGACGGCCGGCUGCUCGACCUCAUCCGCCGGCUGUCGAGCUUCGGCCUCGGCCUCGUCAAGCUCGACAUCCGCCAGGAGUCCGACCGCCACACCGAAGUGCUCGACACCAUCACGACGUAUCUGGGGAUGGGGUCGUACGAGGAGUGGGACGAGGAGAAGCGCGUGGAGUUCCUGCGAGUGAAGGAGGUCCUGGAAACAUUUAAGGUGGCUGCCAGCCUGGGUCCCGAAUCGCUGGGCGCUUACGUGAUCUCGAUGUGCCGCACCGCGUCGGACAUCCUCGCCGUCGAACUCCUCCAGAAGGAGGCCGGGAACAAGCACCCGCAGAGGGUGGUGCCGCUGUUCGAGACGGUGGACGAUCUCCGCAACUCGGCGCCCGUCAUGCGUCGGCUGUUCUCCAACGACUGGUACCGGACCCACAUCAAGGGCCGCCAGGAGAUCAUGAUCGGCUACUCCGACUCAGCCAAGGACGCCGGUCGCCUCACCUCUGCGUGGGAGCUGUACAAGGCCCAGGAGGCCCUGCUCAAGCUAUGCGAGGAAUUCGGGGUGAAGCUCACCCUCUUCCACGGCCGCGGCGGCACGGUCGGUCGCGGCGGCGGCCCGUCGUACCUCGCCAUCCAGUCCCAGCCGCCGGGCACCCUGGCCGGCCGCCUGCGUGUGACCGAGCAGGGCGAGAUGAUCCAGUCCCAGUUCGGCCUGCCCGGCAUCGCCUACCGCACGCUCGAGGUCUACGUCACGGCCACGCUCAAGACCCGCUUCCUCCCGCCCGUCAGGCCCACCCCGCGCUGGUGCGAAAUCAUGGACCGCCUCUCCGCCACCGCCUGCGACGCCUAUCGCGCCUUGAUUCGGGGCAACCCGCGGUUCGUGGAGUACUUCCGGGCGGCGACGCCGUCGGGCGAGCUGUCGUACCUGAACAUCGGGAGCCGGCCGGCCAAGCGGAACGUGCAGGGCGGCAUCGAGUCGCUGCGGGCCAUCCCGUGGAUCUUCGCCUGGACCCAGACCCGCCUGCUGCUGCCCGCGUGGCUGGGCGUCGGCGAGGCCCUCGAGCUGGCGGCCCAGGAGGGCCUGGGCGAGGAGCUCAAGACCAUGUACGCCGAGUGGCCCUUCUUCCAGUCCACCGUCGAUCUCGUCGAGAUGGUCCUCUCGAAGGGAGACCCGGAGAUUGCGGCGCGGUACAACGAAGUGUUGGUGCCGCCGGAGCUGCAGGAGAUGGGCCACCAGCUGGUCCAGAAGUUCAACUUCACCGCCACCCACAUCCUCUCCUUGACCGGCCACAAGGUGCUGCAGGAGUCCAAUCCCCUUCUGCUCGAGUCGAUCAACCUGCGUCGCGGCUUUGUCGAUCCCAUCAACUUGAUCCAGGUGGAGAUCCUGCGCCGAAUGCGUGAGGGCAAGGACGGGCAGGUGGACGAGGUCCUGCUCGACGCCUUCAUCAUCACCAUCAACGGUAUCGCUGCGGGCAUGAGGAACACCGGCUAA